GCAUCCAAACCCCUCUCCCUCCCUCCUUGUUUCUCAAUGAAUCCCUCUGCCAGGUCCAACCCCUCCCACUUCGUGUAAGCACUUAAUUGUCAGCCUCGACGACAACUCGCGCAGCCUUUAAAUACCGCGCGCGCCUCCCGCUCCGAGGGAGGAAGUGGCCAACCUGUCGUCUGGCGCGCAUCUCUUUCCCGCUCUUCCCAUCCACCUCCUCGUGCGCUCUGCUCCACUCCUGCCCAACCGAGAGGCGACAACCGACCGGGAAGCAUGCAGGUGUCUCUGGCCCUCCUCGUCUCCAGCGCGGCGCUCCUGCUGCUCCAGGGAUGCUGCGCCGCCGUGCAGGGAUGGAAGGUAUUGAAGAACGACGCCACGGAGAUUUUACCGGAGUACAGGGAGAACUCCCGGCGGCACCAGGAGGCGACGCCGCCGGCGGCGGCGGGCGGCGGCAGGAACAGCAGCAACGGCAUGAACAACAGGGCGACGGGCGGCGGCAGGAACGCGAACGCGGUCACCUACAGUGCCUCGGAGCUGAGCUGCAGGGAGCUGCGUUCCACCCGUUACAUCACCGACGGAUCCUGCCGCAGUGCCAAACCCGUCCGGGAGCUGGUGUGCUCGGGCCAGUGCAUGCCGGCACACCUCAUGCCGAACUCCAUCGGCCGCGGCAAGUGGUGGAGGAGCGGCGGCGCCACGGACUACCGCUGCAUCCCGGCGCACUCCCGGACGCAGCGGGUCCAGCUGCGCUGUCCCAGCGGCAACACUCGGACUUACAAAAUCCGCGUGGUCACCUCCUGCAAGUGCAAGCGCUUCCGGCCCCACCACAACCAGUCGGAGGCCAAGGAGGUCCCGAAGACGCAACGCAACAAGAAGCACGGCCGCUUGUCCCAGGACCGGAAAAAGAACAACACGCCGCUGUUGGGCAACUCGUACUGAUGCUGCUCCGCAGCGUCGGAGGACAGAGACUGAAGCACGUUCACACACACACACACACACACAUAUGAACACACACACACACACGCAACACAACACAACACACCACCCAACACUUCUCCUUCAAAUAGGGAGGGGAAAUUUUAAAGAGAGCGAAUUCAUAAGCUAAUUGCUGGGCUGAGUUUAAGUCGUCCGUCGUUUGUUGUUUUUCAGCCACUUGUCAGCAUAUUUGUGAACUUUGCUUAUUUGCAUGACGGAGAGAUUCCGUGCCAGGGUUUGGUGCACGACUGUGACUGGUCAGGAGAUGUAGCACCGUGGUGAUGGAUGGAUGGAUGGAUGGAUAUGAAAUGAGUAUCCGAUCGCCCCGACAGCUCAGAACCUCCCUGGACACGUGAUCCGCUCAAACUGAAUCAGUCUACUCCCCGAGCCCUCGAGCCCGCACAUCUGUACAAACACACAGAGGAUGCAGAGCCACGGCCGCAACCGCAGCUCGGUUUACUGCUGCGAAGGUGUACCCUCCGCCCCCAAAUUGGUUGUAAUCCAUCUCGUCUUGGGCCGGCGCGCGUGUGGAGGAGAUGGCGGCAGCUCAGGGGCUCUACGACGGCGGGAUGCUGACAGUUGUGGAGAGGCCUGCCGGGCCUGGAGGGUCGGUCCGCGCGGCCCCCCCGAGGCGGCCCACUCGAGGCCUCACUCAUCGGGACACGACCCACCGCACUCUCCACGCUGCAUCGCCCCCGACCGGGCCCUGUCCGUCACAGUAGCGCCUUUUUCCCACGACCAGACACAAGCGGGUCGGGUCGGAGGGGGGGGGGGGGGGGGAGAAAGCGGUUGUUCUCAGCGCUCACACCACAGGAGGCGCGGGGCAUUCCUGCGACUCCUCUUAAUUACCAAAUGAGCCCGUUCCUGCGUUCGGAUCUAGGUCAUAAAAAGCUAUUUCCCCUUAGCCAGUUCCUGUUUUGCUGGAAUCACUUGCAAAAGAAGGAAGGCGCACAUGUGUGUAGGAGGCGUCAGAAAAUUGUGCGUGGUCGCGCUGUUACCUAGGGGCAGAGCGCUCUCCAACACGCCCACACCGGAAUUCCUCUGCGCCGGGGGCCAAGCUGAGCGGCGAGCGGCGAGCGGCCGCGCACGGCCAAAGACAAAGCAAAGAAUUAGAAUAAAAUCCCUCUGUCGUGUUCGCCUGCAAGACUCGAGACACCUCCACUCCUCCCUGCGCCGCUCUGUAAAUAGCUCAGACAGGAAAGAUAGGAACCAGAAUAACCGAAGAGGAAAACAAUAAGUCUGUUUUCACCGACUCCGACGGGAAGAGGAAGCGGCGAGACGCAGGCGACAUGGUCGCCGUCCGAACCUCAUGAAGAAUAUUCACAAUGUUUUCCCACGUAUUGUCAGUACGCCGUCGUUUUUCCAGCUCAUGUUUUGGUCGUCUAAAGUGUGCUGACAAUGUUCGCCUCUCCCCAUCCAACUUCCGUACUUUUGAAAUAGCAACUGGAAAGGUUUUACAGCGUUCAGCCGAGAGCUGCGAUGCAAACCUGCGCGGCUCCUCCGGCACGACGUGGGCUGGGGAGGGGGCGGGGGGGGGGGGGGGCUGUUCUCCACAGACCCAAGGAAGGAGCGCUAUAAAGAAUGAACUGCAUAUUUAUUUUUUAAUUUCCACAUUUAAAUUAUUUAUGCAACCUUUUUGUAGUAAUUGAUAGCCAUCGUUGUCAUAUAGUAUGAUAGAGACUUUGGAAAUGAAAUACUGUACAGUACAUGAAUAAAGUAAAGGCAGAUAUAUUUGAAA